GUGCAGAGUUUGUUGUAGCCCCAUUUCCUACCUAUGCGCCCUGUCAAACGCUAGUGCUAUUGGCCUGCUGAAAAUCUGCCUGUCUUGGCAUUAUAGGGUGUUGUUGUAUUUUGUCAGGCUGCCCUGUCUUCAUAAGUGUCUCCAUAAAAGAAGCUGAUUAAGCUGCAGGUGCAGGAUGUACAGCUUUAUGGGCGGAGGGUUGUUCUGUGCAGGCGUGGGGAACAUCCUCCUGAUCGUUUCCACAGCAACCGAUUACUGGAUGCAGUAUCGGCAGUCCAGCAACUACAUGCACCAAGGCCUGUGGCGUUACUGUACACCAGGGAAAUGCUUCCCACAUAAUGACAGCUUUGCCCACUUAGAUGCAACUCGUGCCUUCAUGAUCCUCUCUCUUCUGGCCUGCUUCAUUGGCAUCAUCAUUGGCAUUAUGGCCUUCAUCCAUUACUCAUCCUUCGACAGGUUUGACAAAACCUUUGCUGCAGGCAUUUUGUUUUUCAUCUCAUGCUUUUUAGUGUUUCUAGCAAUGGCUGUGUACACGGGUGUGACUAUUAACUACUAUGGGAAACGCUAUGGAAACUGGAGGUUCUCCUGGUCAUAUAUCAUUGGCUGGGUGUCAGUGGUGCUUACUUUCUUUUCAGGAAUAUUCUAUAUGUGUGCUUAUCGGAUGCACGAAUGCCCCAGAAGUGCUAACUCGCAUUAGAAGACUUGAACCAUCAUCCAGAAAGGAAAAAUAACUCAUGAAUUCUGAUCAUGAGAGUGGAUCAAGACUGUGUGUAGAUUCUGACUAUCAGCAUGGACGCAGAGUUUACCUGUGGAGCAUGUACUAUCGAAGUUUAAAUCAUUUCAAUAAAAAGAACGGGGAAAAUGUGAGUCCUCCUUUCAAGUUACGUGGAUUUUGUUUGUUUGCUUGCUUGCUUGUUUGUUUAAAGUGUUACUAUGAGGUUUUGGGAGGCUGAUCUGUUGGUUUUCUGUCACUGAUGACCUGAUUAGGGCUCCAUGCUGCCCCCAGCACCUGGCUUUUAUAUUCAAUUGCUUUUUUUCCCCCAAAGAAAGAAGAAAGAAAAAAGGUGGGGAGUAAGUACUGAGUCUGAAUGCA